GCGCGUCAUCUUCUUCCGUGCUUACACAAUCGUGUCGGGGUGGAGACAAGCAGGCGGCAGCGGCGUCGGUGAUCCGCCACCGCACGUACGCAGCAUUUAUUUCCCGCACUGAGCCCGUCGCGCAGCUUGCUAGCUUGGAGGUAGCAUGGCGGCGGUGAAGGUGUCCGGCCCCAAGAAGGUCGUCGCCGUGGACGACGCGGCGGUGGCCGUCAAGGUGGCCAAGGGGAGAUGGGCGCUCGCCGUGCAGUCCUUCCUCGCGCUCUCCGUCGUCGCCCUGUGCGCGCUCCUCUAUGCCCCGCGCUUCUUCUCCGCGCCCGAACCGCACGGCGCCAUCGUCGGCUUCUUCGCGCCCAGAUCGACGAGCGGUGCGUCGUCGGUGGAGCAACUCGGGCUAGAGCACGUCGGCCUCGGCGGCGGCGAUGCGGAUCGGGAGGGCGGCGGCGCGCCGCGACAGGUUCUCGACAACCAGGUGGGCUCCCCGUGCUCGUCGCUGACCAGCCACAGCAUCUGCUGCGACCGCUCGGACUACCACUCCGACGUCUGCUUCAUGGCCGGCGACGUGCGCACGGACGCCGCGUCCCUCUCGCUCCUGCUGUUCCCGCCGGCGGCGCCCGCCGGAGGGGCCGCCGCCGUCGCCGUGGAGGAGCGGAUACGGCCCUACACCCGCAAGUGGGACGGGUACAUCACCAAGACCAUCCACGAGGUGAGGCUCCGGGCGGCCCGGCCGGAGGAGGCCGCCGCGCACCGGUGCGACGUCCGGCACGACGCGCCGGUCAUCGUCAUGACGGCGGGGGGGUACAGCCACAACCUGUUCCACGUGUUCAACGACGGGUUCCUGCCGCUGUGGCUGACAGUGCAGCACCUCCGCCGCCGCGUCGUGCUCGCGGUGCUCGCGUACAGCCCGCGGUGGGCCGGCACGUACGGCGAGAUCAUCUCCGGCCUCUCGGGGUACCACGUCGUCGACCUGCUCAGGGACCGGAGGACGCACUGCUUCCCCGGCGCCAUCGUCGGAACCCGCUACCACGACUACCUCGCCGUCAACUCCACGCGGCUCCGGGACAGCAAGACCAUCGUCGACUUCCACCGGUUCCUCGCCGACGCGUACGACGAGCAGCCCAAAGACAGCAGCGGCAGCCAGCCGGCGGCGACACCGCCGGGGCGGCCAAGGCUCGGGAUCGUGUCGCGCAGGGGGAGGCGCGUGAUCGAGAACCAGUCGGCCGUGGCGCGGCUGGCGGCGUCGGUCGGGUUCGACGUCGACAUCAUGGAGACGGCCACCGGGGCGCCGCUCUCGGCCGUGUACGCGUCGGUGAGCUCGUACGACGCGCUGGUGGGCGUGCACGGCGCGGACCUGACCACGCUCCUGUUCCUUCGCCCCGGCCGCGCGGCGCUCGCCCAGAUCGCGCCGCUGGGCAUCGCCCUGCUCUCGCGCAACCUCUUCGGCGUGCCGGCGUCGAGGAUGGGGCUGCGCUACGAGCAGUACGACGUGAGCGCGGCCGAGAGCUCGCUGAGCCGCAGGUACCCGCCGGGCCACGUCGUCGUGGCCGACCCGGCGAGGGCGAGGAGGGAGCAGGGGGGGAAGGAGUGGGAGCUCGUGGAGCACGUGUACCUGCGCGGGCAGAACGUGAGCCUGGACCUCGACAGGUUCCGGGAGACGCUGGCCAGGAUGCACUCCCGGCUGAAGGAGGAGCCACAAGGACAGGUGCCCAAAAGUGCAGAUGCGUUACCUAAAAUGUAGCCUUGUAAUGAUGUAGAAAUGAUCAUCAUUAUUGUUACUUUACAUUUUCAAAUACAGUAAGUAGAGCACAUAGAUAUCAGAUGGCCUCCUGCCUGGGGCUCUCCUGGCCGUUUGGGGGCUUGGGCUCCAUGAUCAGUUGUUACUUGUUAGGCUGAGGCAGGUGGGUCAUGGAUGAAAGCUCUGUCCGGCUUUGGUUGUAGCCAUCAAUGGCGACUACCUCAAGCAACAUUCACCUCAUAUAUGGAGGUAUUGGUGCGGGCUUGCGGCGACCCCCUGCCUUGAAUUAUUUAGGUGAAAA